AUGACUUCGCUUCCAUCUGUAUUAAAACACCUGUUUAGGUAUGUAUUUAUAUGCAUAUAUAUUUGAUAUAUUAUAAUAUGUGCAUAUGUUAUAACAUACAUAUAACAUACAUAUAAUGUAAUAUUAAUCUGGGUAUUAAUUUCACUUUCAGCUAUAUUGAUGAUCAUAAAACUGAGUAUAUAAAUAAUUUGAAAGAAGCAGUAGCUAUAAAGUCUGUAUCAGCUUGGCCAGAUCACAGAAAUGAAAUAAUUAAGAUGAUGAAAUGGGCAGAAGUGAGAUUAAAAAAUCUUGGAGCCACAACAGAAUUGGCGGAUGUAGGGAAACAAACUCUUCCAAAUGGGAAUGUAAUUUCUCUUCCACCUGUUUUGUUAGGGACUCUUGGUUCUGAUCCUAAAAAGAAAACUGUUCUUAUAUAUGGGCAUUUAGACGUUCAACCUGCAUUAAAAGAAGAUGGUUGGGAUAGUGAGCCAUUUACUCUUGUUGAGAGAAAUGGCAAACUGUUUGGCCGAGGAAGUACAGAUGACAAGGGUCCUGUACUUUGUUGGAUUCAUGCAUUACAGGCUUACAAAGCCAUUGGAAUUGAUAUUCCUGUUAAUCUUAAGUUUGUCUUUGAAGGUAUGGAAGAAAGUGGUAGUGAAGGUUUAGAUGAACUUCUUUGGACACGAAAAGAUACAUUCUUGCAAGGUGUAGAUUAUGUGUGCAUAUCUGAUAAUUACUGGUUAGGUACCAAAAAACCUUGUAUUACUUAUGGUUUAAGAGGUAUCUGUUAUUUCCAAGUGGAAGUGACUUGUGCUGUUAAAGAUCUGCAUAGUGGUACAUUUGGUGGAACUUUGCAUGAGGCAAUGGCAGAUUUGAUAUAUUUGUUGGAUACACUAGUAGAUGUAAAUGGAAAAAUUUUGAUAAAUGGUAUCUAUGAUAAUGUUGCUGAAAUUCUGAAAAAGGAAAUAGAAUCCUAUGAAACUAUAGAAUUUGAUGUUGCUGAAUUCAAAAAUUCUAUUGGAACUAGUAAAUUAGCUCAUAAUGAAGAUAAAAUUCAAUUGUUGAUGCAUCGGUGGAGACAACCCAGUUUGUCUCUUCAUGGAAUAGAGGGAGCAUUUAGUGAACCAGGUGCAAAAACUGUUAUUCCAGGAAAAGUUGUUGGUAAAUUUUCAAUUAGAAUAGUACCGAACAUGAAGCCAGAAGAUACUGUAGAAAAAGUAACAGCAUACUUAAACAAAAAAUGGGCCGCUAGAGGUAGCCCAAAUAAAUUCAAUGUCAGUAUGUGUCAUGGAGGAAGAACUUGGUCUGAAAAUCCUGAUCAUCCAAAUUAUGUAGCUGGUCGGAAAGCUACUAAACAUGUUUAUAAUGUAGAGCCUGAUCUAUCACGCGAAGGAGGUUCAAUUCCAGUUACAUUAACAUUCCAAGAAGUUACAGGUAAAAACGUAUUACUCUUACCAGUUGGUGCUGGUGAUGAUGGUGCACAUUCUCAGAACGAGAAAGUAGAUCUUCGUAACUAUAUUGGAGGCGUAAGUAUUUCUAUCAAAGAUAGUAUUAUUUAUUAUAAUUGCUUAAACAUAAAGAUAUUUUAUUUUUGGUUUAGACUAAAUUGCUUGGAGCUUAUUUGUACGAAGUAGCCCAACUUUAA